AUGUCUAACUGGAGAGUCCGAGUCCUGAUGGCACUGUGCUUCCUGCGGCAGACUGGAGGUCACGUUCAACUUCCCCCUCCUCAAAAUGUUACACUGGUGUCAAAGGAUUUUGACAUGAUUUUGACAUGGACUCCAGGAGAAGGCUCUCCACCAGAUGUGACAUACACUGUGAGGUAUGAAAGCCAGGAACGCAUGGACAAAUGGAUAAAGGUUCCUCAUUGCAAAAACAUUCAUGCUACCUCUUGCAACCUGACUUGUGUGCUUCCAAACUUCUUUGUUAAAGUCCGAGCUCGAGUGAAAGCUGUUUCUGGACAAUUGCAGUCGCCAUGGGUAGCAUCACAAUUCAAGGAAUACCAUUUGGACGUGGAACUGGCUCCCCCAGUGCUAAGUAUGAAUGUCAAGGAGAACUUAAUCCAUGUGAAUGCCUCCUUCCCAUUGGCCACCUGUGUGGAGAGUUUCUCUUGGAUGUACGACUUGAACCUUUGGGAAGCUGGAUCUGAAGAAAAGAAGCAAUACGAAAGUAUCUUUAGGAAGAACACAGUGACAAUCGACACCACUGCGCUUCGAGGCAACUACUGUUUAAGUGCCAGAUCUUCUUUCCAAAGCAUUGACUUUAAGCACAGCAAAUUCUCACAACCAGUGUGUUUGCUAUUAAGCCACAAAGCAGUGGAAUGGAAGAUCCCAUUUUCUGUCUUGAUUCCUGUGUUUGUCCUCCCCAUCCUUCUGACAAGUGCCGUCAUUGCCUGCUUACUGAAACAAGAUCCUAAGCGAAAGAAGAUGCCUCAUGCUUUGGAUUUAUCUAAUUUAAAAGCUGCUGGACCAGCCUUUCACUGUGAGCCCAGUGAAAAGGAAUUCUUCAGGGACUAUCUUAUCUGCACAGAGAAGCCAAUGUCACAGAGGAAGACAGAAAAAACUUUUGCAGGAAACAACCUACCAUGGAUGGCUUCUUUCCUCUCAUCAUCAUCAUCAGAAGAGGAGGAGGAGGAAGAGGAAGAAGACAGCAGUACUUUCAUCGCAUACACUGAAAUGCCUCGGUUUCCAAAGAGACAUCUCAGCUGUGAACCAUCCAGAACAGCUCAGGGGGAAACUAGCUUGGACUCCGGAUCUGGAGGUCUCUCUGAGGAUAGUGAAUCUGUGCUUGACCUAAGUACCUUGGGUUUCUCGUUCUUUCCAAUGAAAAAGAAUGAGGUGGACACCUCAGGAUCCCAAGGAAAUGAGAAGGCAUCCCUUUCUCACAGUUCCUCUUUGGGAAGAAUAUCACUCACUGAUGCGAGAUUCCCAGGUUCCAGGGAACAUGGACAGGAUGAUACAGACAGGGCUGAAUGCCUGGAAAUGAUCCCUCUUCAAACACUGUCAGAGGGGAUUUGUGCCAAACUUCCAGCCGAUGAGCACUACUUGCAUAGGAAGGCUCAUCAUUUCACCAAGUAUUGCCAGAAACCAAUAGCUGAUCUGCGUGUCCAGAUCAGUGAGAUAUCACAGCUCAGUGAGGAUCCCAGCACCGAGCUGCUCAUUUCCUUUCAGACAUUACAGGUGGCAGAAGAUGAAGGUAUUGCAAGUGACUGUGACAGCAAUAAUUUUACAGAAGAGACACCUCCCACAUCCACGGUGCUAAGUGAUGCAUUUGAAACUUCAAAUAUGGAGGAAAAAUAUGGUCAAAAGUUUAAAUUCAAAGGCUAUGAGCACACACAUUACAUGGGAAGGAGCUAG